GCUGUUGCUGCUGCUUCCCUUAUCCAGGGAGGAGGAGGAGGAGGAGAAGGAGGCGUUAUACAACCGAGCAGCGUUGCAUAAGCAUAAGCGCCCGGAAUAGCUGCUUCUUGGAGGGAGGAGGAGGGAGCCAUCCAUCUCUCUCUGCCUCUCUCCCUCCAGCACCGCCCCGUUCUCCUCCCCUUGACCCCGGCCCCUUCCCCCUCCGCGGGGAGCCCAGACUCGCUUUCUCCCCAGCCAUGUCGUCGUGGUCGCCAGGAUCCGCCAUGGAGCCAUAGCAGAGGCACAGCCACUACUACUACCACACCCACUUCGCAAAAUGGACACCGAGCAGCCGCCGCCGCCGCCAUUGUCCCUCCCGCCGCCGCCUCCUCCGUCUCUGCCUUGCCCCGAGAUGCUGCAAGUGGCGGAGGAGGCCUUCCGCGGAGGGCAGUUCUCCCUGGCGGCGGAGAUCCUGGGCUCCCAGCUGGCCGAGCUGCCCCAGCCCGAGCGGGGCCUCUGCCUCCGGCAAGGGGAAGCCCUGGCCCGGGCCGGGCGCAUGGCCGAGGCGCUGGAGGCUUACAGCUCGGCCGCCCGCCUGGCCAGGCUCCGUCCCGAGGAGCUGCGGGGGCUGGCGGAAGGCUUCGCCCUCAGCCUCCGGCACAAGGAGCUCAGGCUGCCUCCCUGGAAAGGGAAUAACAAUAACAACAGCAGCAGCAAUGGCGGUUCUUCCUCCUCCUCCUCGUCGCCGCAGUCGGAGAAGGGGACAGACUCCACCAGGGACCCGCUCUGCUGCCGGCCCCCGGAGCCCCUCGGCUGCCCCCGCUGCCAGCGCCUCCUCUACGAGCCCGUGACCCUCCAUUGCGGGCACACCCACUGCAAGCGCUGCUGCUCCGCCGGAGGAGGAGGAGGAGGCCAUGGAGCUGGGAGCCGGGGCUGCUGCCUGGCCGCCUCCUCCUCCUCCUCCUCCUCCCCCGCCGGCCUCCGGGUCAACGUGGUCCUGGGCAGCCUCCUGGAGAAGUGGUUCCCCGGGGAGAGCAGGGCCCGGCGCCUGGCCCUGGAAGGGGAGGCCCUGCGGGAGAGGCAGGAGCUCCCCGCCGCCCUCGACAAGUACAACCAGGCCCUGGAGCUCGCUUCCUGUAAAUGUUUGUUAAUAGCACAGCGAGCAGAACUUUGUAUAUCGAUGAAGAAUUAUCAACAAGCCCUUUACGAUGCAGAGGCACUCUGCCGAAAUAAACCCCACUGGCCUAAGGGUCAUCAUGUGAAAGCACAAGCUCUUUCUGGAUUAGGAAGGAUUGAAGAAGCAUUGAAGGAGUUUCUUUACUGUGUUGCCUUAAAUCCUGAGUGGAGCUCAAUGAAGUUGGAGGCCCAAAAGAUAAUGUGCGACAUGUUUUUUCCAGCAUUUGAAAAUGUGCAUGAUAGUCUAACAACACCAUUUUGUAAUCGGACCUCUUAUACAAGAUUGAAACCUGCGUUUCUAAGUAGUAUAAAUACACAGUCUUCUGGAGACGAUGGGUCAUCUGCAGAGAGUUCAAAGGAGUCUGUUUUGAGGUUAACAAAGAACCCAUCUGAAGAGACUGAUGUACAUCGAAAUGCAGAUACUUCUGUUUCUCAUCCAAUAUUGGAUUCCUAUUUUGAAGAGAAUAAAAAAACUUUGGAAACAGUCCUAUCCAGUUUACCCAGUUCAAGCUUAAAAAGAAAGUACUCAAGUGAUGUGGGGGAUUCACAAGUCUUGGAUGUCCCUAGCAAAAUUCCUCGAAAAGAUGGAGAUGCUGCUUGUGGAAACUCAACCUCCCUUACCUUAAAAGCGAUACCUGCAAACCUCGUGGAUGCAUCAGACUUUGAGUGUUCCCUCUGCAUGAGGUUGUUCUAUGAACCUGUUGCUACUCCUUGCGGUCAUACCUUCUGCCUCAAAUGCCUUGAACGUUGUCUGGACCAUAAUCCACAUUGUCCCCUCUGUAAGGAAAAGCUCUCUGAGUUUUUGGCAAGCCGAACUUACAAAAAGUCCGUCCUUACUGAAGAAUUAAUAGUUCGAUACUUGCCAGAAGAAUUGUCUGAAAGGAAAAAAGUCUAUGAAGAAGAAAUGAAGGAAUUAUCAAAUUUGAAUAAAGAUGUCCCUAUCUUUGUGUGCACAAUGGCUUUCCCUACCAUCCCUUGCCCUCUUCAUGUCUUUGAACCUCGCUAUCGGCUAAUGAUAAGGAGAUGCAUGGAGACGGGCACCAAACAAUUUGGCAUGUGCUUAGCUGAUGAACUGAAAGGGUUUGCAGAUUAUGGCUGCAUGUUAGAGAUCAGGGAUGUGAAAUUUUUUCCUGAUGGACGCUCAGUUGUUGAUACAGUUGGGAUUCGGCGUUUCAGGGUCUUGAGCCAUGGUCAGCGAGAUGGGUAUAAUACUGCAAACAUUGAAUAUCUGGAAGAUAAAAAGGUUGAAGGGGCAGAGUAUGAAGAACUUGUCCGCCUUCAUAAUUCAGUCUAUGAUCAAGCUGUUUCCUGGUUUACUUCUCUGAAGGACAACAUGAAAGCUCAAAUUCUAAACCACUUUGGGCCAAUGCCAGGAAAAGAACAUGAACCACAGAGUAAUCCCAGUGGUCCAGCUUGGUAUUGGUGGCUGUUGGCAGUAUUGCCACUGGAGAAUAGGGCCCAAUUGGCCAUUCUUGCCAUGACUUCACUUAAAGAUCGUCUCAUUGCCAUACGACGUGUAUUAAUAUUUGUGACACGCAAAAGACCCAGAUGACACAGCCUUAUUGAUACUGAAAGCAGCUGGUUUCAAAUGCUCAUAAGAAAGAUGUUGGAGAUGGAACAAUUCAUCCUUUGAAUGACACUGAUCUGCUCAUUUAAUAUUCACCAUUCUUUGCACAACCUCUAUCCAGUAGCUAACCAAGUAUUCUGUGCCUAUUGACCUGGAGAAAUCUGAGCCGAAGUUGUGCCACAAUUGCAACAUAGCCAAUAGUAGUUGCAGUGGUUACUGCUCAUAAUGGAUUGUCUAUUUAUUGUGAUGAGAUGACUGUGUCAGAAGCCCUGAAACGUCCCCAGAGUCCCAGUGGGGGGUUUGACUUCUAUGUAGCAAGGGCACAGUGGAUUAGAAACUGAGAAUAUGUAUUACUAGAAUCUUCUGUAAAGGUAGUCAGCUGAAGGAAAAAUUCUCCAAAAUGUCCCCUAAAAGAAGAAUGCACAAAAGACAAGAGGUGUCAAUGAACAGGACAACCUUUUAACUGCAGCAUGUUGAUAUAACAAUUGGUCUGUGAAGCUAAAUUAUACUUCCUGGACAAAAUGUUCCCUUUCUAAGGAUAUCUCUCCAAAAGAAGAGCUGGUGAACAGCACUAUAUCUGAUUAUAAUAACUUAAUUCCUUGUGUUUGUAAUUUGCAUGCUGUAUGUGAUAAGAAAAUUAUUUUGAAAUAUAUCUAGGAAGGCUGUCCCCCCCUCCCCAGUCCAUAUAUGAAUAAGCUCCAACAUCACCAUAUCACACUAGGGGGAAAGUUGCAUAUGGACAGCUUGGUCCUUUGUGUCGUGACCUGGAACCCUGCACACAUGCAGAUCCCAUAGAUUUCCUUCCCAUGUUGGUUGGAAUUACCUGUCUAUGUGAAAUGCUUUUCUCUACCAUUGCAGCACUUGAGUAUGUUGAGCUCCAUUGCUGGGUUAUACCCAGAAGAUAUUCUGAUGCUCUACCGUGUUUAUUUCAAAUUAUUCAGUGGCAAACUCACUAUAGGCAGUGAGAAAAUUAAUUGCCAUUUUAGAUUACCCUUCAUGUUAAUUAUGUAUUUUUUAAAAACUUAAAACAGGUAAAAUCUAGUUUCCACCUCACUCACAACUGCCAUGCAAAACUAAUCUGUUAUUCUGGAACAGUGUUUCUUAGCACAUUUUUUAAAAACCAAAACUUUUAAUAUUCCUCAUUAUGUACCGACCACUGUCUGUGCUUGGAGUCUUUGUCCUUGGUGACAAUGUGAGAGGAGGCACAAGCUGAAUCUGUAAGGCAAAUUUCAAUGCAAGCUUAAACCAGGUGUUGCUUUCAAUUUCUUGUUGGUUUUAUAAAAUAUAGGUAAUUGUAUUUCAGUGUCCUGAUCCCUAUGUUUUAUUUUUUGUUGUUGUUGAAAAAAGUCAUAUUAGGAAGAAACUUUAGCAGUAAAUAUGAAAUAGCAAAACACCUCCUAAUGCAAACUUUGAGAUCUCUAGAUUUGUUGAAAUAAUUGUCCUAACAGGAAGGGAAAUAACAUUGGUUCAAAUUUCAGGAUGCUGCACAAAUAGAAGGCCAACUGAAAGAUUCUCAAUCAUGUGCAAAUCAUCUGGCAAGGUGAAAUAGUGGCAAUACCAAAAUAUUUUUAAAAGUGCCUCCUUUUUAAAAUAGGAAAAGCAUGUUUUCUUCAGACAGAGGUGAAAAUUCUUGCACAUGAGUUUAGGAAGAAAUAUUAUCCAAAAGCUGGUUGACUUCAUUGUUUGAUAUACUGGUAUUACUAACUGACUGGUGUUAAAUGCUUGUCAGAAGUAUCUUAUCAGAAGUUGCCCAUAGUGGUUUGCUAGGAACUAAUCCAAACACCCUGAAUGUACUGUAGUUGCCUCUACCUUGAAUUCGCCUUUUGUAGUAAGUGAGGACCUGUGACUAUUCUUUUAAUUGUAGGCUCUGUAACUUGCAACUGAUUAUCUAAUAAUGUCUACUAUAGCCUUCCUGAUAGUUCUACUACCUUUAGCAGAGUUGGUAGAUCACAUUUAUUUGUUCAAAUAUUUUUAGGGAGCUAACAUUAAAGCCAGAGAGAGGGCCUUUUUCCUUCUGUUCAUCCCUGGGUGCUAUCAGACUUUUCCCAACACAGCCGUCUUCCUGUUAAUCCAUUGGACUUUAAAAGCUUCCAACAUUAUCUAGCAAGAGAUUUUUUCAAAAUGUGCCCUCAACAAUUUUUGGCAGGGAUCUUCAAACAUCUUCAUAAUUUUUCACAAUAUCUUUCCCUGUGUUUGCUUAAUAUUUCUCUUCUAGAUUUGGGUUGCCCCCCUCCCCCCGUGACCUACCUCUUUGUCUUUUUCCCCCCUAUUUUGGUCUGUGAAUAUCUAAAGUAACAACUGAGCAUAAAUUUGCAGUUCAGCAUAAACGUAUUCCACUAAGUUACUAUUUGAGUAUGUUUACUUUGAUAAACUCUGUUCUCUGCUGGGUUCCAGAUAUUUGUAUCUGAUGUUCUGUUUUGGCUGGAGCACUUUUCUGGCAGUCUUCAGUAUGGUGUCAUUAGCCUUUAAUAUUAAAGAUCAGGUUAUCUAGACUUUUAACAAUCUCAGGCUAGAAUCCAGUUGGUCAGUGUCAACUAGAAUUGAUCCAUUGAAACAACUGUUGUUGCUGUCAACACUUGGUUACUGGAUCUAAUCUAGUUGGGAGCAAACAGGAUUUGGCUUCAGUCUGUCAAGUGACUAAAUACUUCAACCAAUGUAUGUGAUGAAUGCCAAAAAAUUUAAAUCUGUUUUUUGUGUCUUUGACUGGUUGACUGAUUAUGUAAGGGAACAGAGCAUUAAGGUGUCUCUCUAGUCCAAAAUGCCUUGCAGAAAAAAUGUUCAGGACAUAUUUUAUUGAGUAUAACAGGGAAGGGAGAGGCAUUCCAGCCUCCCUUAUAAAAAGCAAACAUGCAAAAACCUGUUUUCCAUCAUUGGCCUGCCAUGUAAGGCUUCAAGCUAAUAAAUAGAUUUUGAAGUUGAAGUUCAACCUCUUUUGAAUUUCACAGACCAUACCAAUUGUUUGCUACUGUGGCCUUUUAUCUACUACUUUUAAAUGUCCUUUCUUCUUUUCACUGAGACUGCUGUGUGAAUCCAGUGAGGUGAUAAUCAGCAGAUUUCUGCUUCUUUGGUUUGUGCUGCAAUUAAUUUUCAAAGGAAAUAAAUGGCAAAACUAUUCAGAAAGCUGUAUGUGUUAGUCAUACAGAAUUUUGCAUAACGGAAGGCCUGGUGUUUGGUAGCGCCUUAAUUUUGCAGCUCUGGAAUGAUUGUAUCAACAAAGCACCACAAAACCCAGAUCUUGAGCUUGUGACCAGUUGUGUUUUUUUUAAAAGCAUAUUUAUGUAGAUUAAACUUGAAACAAAAUCCUUAUCUGUUUUGAAGUUAGUUGAAGAUGUGUGUGGGUGGGUGUAAGUGUACAUAUGUAUAAAUAUAAAUUAUUCAUCUGCGCCUUUUUGUACUUAGUUAAAAAAAACAAAACAAAACAAAAAAACAGGUAUGUGUUAAAACCAUGUUUGGCACUUGUUGCAUAAAACAAAGCCAAACCCUUUUUUUAAAAAAAAUAUUGCUGCAAUGUUCAUUUCAUGUACAUUUGGAGUAUUCAUGGGAAAAUGUAUUUAUGUGAUAUUUGGAAUAAAAUAAAUUCAGUUAA